CCUCCUUUCUGCUUUAGCUUAUCACCUCGCUUUGGAUUCAUGCUUCCAAGUUUUCAAUUUGAAAGUCAUCUUAAAUCCACUUUCUGGGAUUAAACAAGAGAAGAAGACAGAGAAAUAAAGGGAGCGAGGGAGAGUUUUUCUAUCCUGAGGCUCACCCUAAGACCGCUUCCUCCAGCUUGAUAAGAUCAGAGCCAGGAGGCGAGGCGGUGACGGUCUGCAGUGUUUCUUCACAGCCAGCAGACGAGGCAGCUGCACAGAGAAACGCCAGCAUGCCCACCGUCAAGAGCAAGAAGAAGAAGCCGAAGAAGGAGGUCCACGACGGAGAGGAGCAGGGAGACGCGGGCCUGGAGGUGGAGAUGGAGGCAGUGAGAGAGAGGAGGCUCUCUGAAAGCAGAGACCCGUUGACCCCAGAGCCACAGGACCCAGCACCACAGAAGAAGAAGAAAAAGAAGAAGGCGCCUGCUAUUGAUCAGGAAGCAGAGCACGCUGACAUGCCAAACGGUAACAUGGACGAGUCCAUCAUGGACGGAGAGGAGACGACCGUUGCUGUAACCAGAAAGACGAAAAGGAAGAGGAAGGCGAAGGCGACGGAGCACUACAGCAAUGACCUGGGAGCCGAAGACGACGACAUCGUCACAGACGCCCAGUCACCCAUCCCCCAGCAUUCCCUGUUCUCCGCCCCCCACGGACACAGCCAUCCGGUCGGCAAAGUCUUCGUGGAGAGGAACAGGCGUUUCCAGGCAGAGCGAGUGGAGCAGCUCCGACACUCAGAGGCGAUGGAUGACUACAUGGACCCCAGACAGAUCUGGACCACCAGAGACGUCGCUAUGAGGGUCCACAGUGGCUUCAGGGUGAUCGGCCUCUUCUCUCACGGUUUCCUGGCCGGCUACGCCGUGUGGAACAUCAUUGUCGUGUACGUGUUGGCGGGCGAGCAGCUGAGCACGCUGCCCAACCUGCUGCAGCAGUACCACCUGCUGGCCUACCCAGCUCAGUCUCUGCUCUACCUGCUGCUGGCCAUCAGCACCGUGUCUGCGUUCGACAGGGUGAACCUGGCCAAGGCCUCCAUGGCCCUGAGAGGCUUCCUCACCCUGGACCCUGCUGCUCUGGCUUCUUUCUUAUAUUUCGUAGCCCUGAUCCUGUCCCUCAGUCAGCAAAUGACCAGCGACCGCAUCAACCUUUAUCCUACCGCCAACGAGACUCUGUGGCCUCCAGGUUCAGAGCAGCAGAUCCUGCAGCCGUGGAUUGUGGUGAACCUGGUGGUGGCGCUGUUGGUGGGCCUGGCCUGGGCGGUCGUCUCCACGCGGCCGGACAUCGACUACACAGAAGAGUUUUUGAUGACAAUGGAAGUGGAGGGAUACCCGAGAGGAGACGAGAAUCUGGACAUGCCUGCCUGAAACUCUGAAAGCCUCGUCCUGUCUGUGUCUGACUCCAAAACAGUGAUCUUGUUCAUUUAAAUGUGCUUUUGUAUGACAUGCUAUCUAGCACUUGACUGUGAUUUUUGUAAAUAAAGAAAUACAGUAUGUACAGUA